GGGCAGACCAAGGACACAACAAAACUUUCCCAUCGGCGCACCAAGCAGUUCUAACCCAUCCCGUGAGAUGCGUUCUACCGGCACCAUGUCAGGAUCUGCAGUGCCUCAUAUCAGCCCGCAUCCCUUCAGGGUCGUGCACUCAAAACACCUACUUGAGCGUGCGGCAAAUAUCUACGACAACCUUUAAUCCCGUGAAUUGACAAUGAGGACCGGCGCGCCAAUCUUCAGGUUGAUGAUGAAUGGGGAUUUUGCUCCAGAUGUCAUCACAUCGGCGCCGCGGCUUGUCAACAGAUGUGGCCCUUUUGCUAGGUUUCAUAACCCCCCGAACCUGGAGGAGCUCCUCCAGACUCGGGCACUGAAUAAAAUCGAGAUGGUCAUAUUCAUUUACGAUUUUCGGUAUGCGCAACUUCACGCCGAUAACGCAGAUAAAGGAAUCGCGAAUUUUGACGCUAUUGUCCAAGAACGAUGGAUGAACAGCCCGGCACGCCGCUCCCUGUACUUCACGCUCAGCCACUAUGCAAUCGGUCCGGUUACUACAAUCCUCGGCUUUGGACUGGGAAGUUUCAUGCAACGGUACCCCCACAGACACGGUCGAACAGUGGCUGGAGCAACCAACAAUACAAAUACAGAGAAGGUUCAACACGGGCUCCUACUCGAUGUACGAGACACUCUGCAAGCGAAAAGUUCCGGCCAAAUCUCCAUUCUGGCACAGGAUCCGGAGUCUCGGGAGUUGGAUCAGGCGGUGCUCAGACACAAGGGCAUCGACUCGACAGUCCACCCGCUCGAGGGCUUCAUCAAGGCCGACAACCAAAGCUUUGUUGUUUCCAUUGACCCCGAUGUCCCGGCAAAGAAAUUAUCCUUGAUAUCUGUCGGCCGGCCGCAGUUCUAUGGCUGGAUAGCUCUCGCCCACUCGAUCCGCAACCGCCCAAAGUGGACUGGAUUCUCGACCACGAAUAUCUGCCCUUCACCUUGGAGCAAGCAGACUGGACUGCUGUGUGGCCACACCCCGCUGAUGGCCGGCUGGUCCUCUAUAUCCGCAAAGAAGGACGGGUUCUAAGUUCUCAGUGAGCAGAACACUUAGAGGCGUGCAAGUCGCACGGGGCGGCAGAUACACGGAGGGCGGUGUGGCAUGCGAUCUUGGUGGAUUAAGGUUAGGGACUCGAGCAAGGAGGAA